AUGAAUCACGCCAGAAUAUCUUCGUUCUGUCGUAAUAAAAACAUAAAAAAUGAGUUUGGUAGAACUUUUCGUCGCUGGAUUCAUGUCGGUGAAAAGAUUCACGACUUUUCUGUCAUAGAUAAAAGAAAGAUACCUGAAUUAGAGCUAGAGUACAUUCGUUUGCAGCAUGAUGCUACUAAGGCUGAUAUGAUCCAUCUUUCUCGAAAUGAUCCUAAUAAUGUGUUCAGCAUUGGCUUCCAUACACCCGCAGAUAAUGAUAAGGGAAUUCCUCACAUUUUAGAACACACUACAUUAUGUGGAAGUAAGAAGUAUCCAGUCAGGGAUCCAUUCUUUAAAAUGCUGAAUCGCAGUUUGGCAAACUUCAUGAACGCUUUUACUGCUUCAGAUUUCACAUUCUAUCCUUUUGCAACUGUCAAUCCUACCGAUUACAAAAAUUUACGAGACGUUUAUUUAGACGCAACACUUUUCCCAAAAUUAAGAAAGCUUGACUUUUUACAAGAAGGGUGGCGUUUUGAACACUCAAAUGUAAAAGACAAGUCUACUCCUAUUAUCUACAAUGGUGUUGUUUUCAACGAAAUGAAGGGACAAGUCUCCGACUCUUCCUACGUCUUUUACAUGCUCUUUCAACAACGUCUCUUUCAAGGAACUGCGUAUGGCUGCAACAGUGGAGGAGAUCCAGUUGCUAUUCCGGAUUUGACCUAUGAAGAAUUAGUAAACUUUCACAAAACUCAUUAUCAUCCUUCGAACGCAAAGAUUUUCUCUUAUGGCUCAUUUCCCUUAAAGGAGAAUCUGGCUGCUUUAAGUGAAACCUUUUCGCAUUUUUCCCCUAAAACAAUCAAUAAACCGGAAAUGUACCUGGCUGAUUUCGAAUCCGAAAAACGUGUCACCGAGUACGGUCCUGCAGACCCUGUGAUGCCUCCUGACCAACAGGCUAAGUUCUCAGUUUCAUUUUUAGCAAAUGAUACGGCAGAUAUUUACGAAACCUUUGCAUUGAAGUUACUUUCUAGACUAUGUUUGGACGGCUUUUCUUCACCUAUGUACCAAGCUCUUAUUGAGUCGGGACUAGGCUCAGAAUUUUCUCCCAACAGUGGCUACGACUCUACCACAAAGCGGGGAGUUUUCUCUGUUGGAAUUGAAGGAGCUGCCAAUGAUGCACUUCCCUUAUUAGAAGAAAAAGUGUAUUCUGUGUUCGAAAAGUUGGCAAAGAACGGAUUCAAACGAGAAAAGUUAGAUGCUAUUCUUCAUCAAAUGGAAAUUUCUUUGAAGCACAAGUCUGCUCACUUUGGUAUGGGAUUAGCUCAAUCAGUUCCAUUUUACUGGUUCAAUGGCGUGGACCCGGCAGAUUAUCUUUCCUGGAAUAAGCAGAUUGAAUGGUUCAAAAAUGAGAACAAAGAUGGAAGAUUAUUCCAAAAAUUGAUUCAAAAGUAUGUUUUUGAGAACAAGUCACGAUUUGUUUUUAGUAUGUAUCCUUCCGCUGAUUUCUCAACGAACUAUCAGAAGAAGGAGGCUCAAAAGUUGCAAGAGCACGUCUCAUCUCUUUCGGCAGACAAAAUCAAAGAAAUUGAGCAGGUCAGUGCUGAUUUGCUAGAAAAGCAAUCAACGCUUGAGGAUACCAGCUGUUUACCCACUCUUAGCGUUUCUGACAUUAGUAAAACUACGGAAAAGACUGAGCUUGACUCUGUCAAAAUGGACAACGUUCCUAUCCAAUGGUACAAAUUAAGCCCGGGUCUCACUUAUCUUCGAGUAUUAUUUCCUUUAAAAGAUUUCCCUGAACACCUUCUCCCUUAUCUUAGUGUAUACUGUGAUGCUUGUCUUAGUUUAGGAACUUUUGAUGAAAAUAUUGCUGAACUUGAGCAACAUAUUCGCCGGUACACUGGCGGUAUUAACAUUUCACCAUCUCUUGUUACUGAUCCUAAAGAUUUGUAUAAAGCUGGACUUCACUUAUAUGUUUCUGGAUACUGUUUAGAUGAAAAUGUGGAGAAAAUGACCGACUUGAUUAAGAAAGUGUUUUAUGGCACAAACCUUGACAAUCGUGAAAAAUUGGCGAUUAUGCUCAAGACAUCUAUCAGUGGUGUUACUGAUGGCAUAGCUGAAAGAGGACACGCAUUUGCACGCCUGUCAUCAGCUUCUAGCCUUACGGAUAAAGCCCGUAUGUCUGAGCAACUCAAUGGCCUUAGUCAAGUGAAGGUACUUAGUGAACUGAACAAGGCAAAAGAUUUGGAUCAACUAGUUUCUUACCUAAAAGAAAUUCAACAUAUUAUGAAGGAGACUCGUGAUGUAAAAGUUGCAGUGAAUGCUGCAUCUUCACAGCAAGAAGUCGUGAAGAAAUCUUUGAAGAAUCUGUUGCCUUCUCCAUCUGCGGAUCCCGCAGUAGGCAAGCAACAGGACACUAAAAAAUUUGAACCUUCUUCCACUCAAGUUUAUCAUGAACUUCCUUUCCAAACGAACUUCGCCUCCUCGUCAUAUGUGGGUGUUCCAUACACGCAUGAAGAUGGAGCAGCUUUACAAAUAUUAUCAUCGUUGCUUACUCACAAAUACUUGCAUGGAGAGAUUCGCGAAAAGGGCGGUGCUUAUGGUGCUGGUCUCUCGUAUGGUGGAGUUGAUGGAAUCCUUUCCUUCUUUACUUACCGUGAUGCUGAUCCAUCUCGAUCAUUAGGAAUUUUCACGGAGGCCUCGGAAUGGGCAGCCACACAUCUGUUUUCUGAAUCUGACCUUGAUGAGGCAAAACUAAGCGUUUUCCAAGGUAUUGAUGCUCCUCAAAGCGAAAGCCAAAAAGGCGUAUUACAAUUUUUAGAUGGUGUUACAGAUGAUAUGUUACAACACCGCAGAGAACGUCUUUUGGAUGUAACAGCAGAAGAUGUUUCCCGUGUUGCCAAGCAAUAUUUGGUGAAUGGAAAAAUUUCUUCAAGCACUAUUUUAGGACCCAAGAUGUCCAUUCAACCGGCUGGUUGGGAAAUUAGCACACUCAGCUCUUGA